AUAACGAACAACAUUCUGUCCUAGAUGGGGGUCUAUGUAAAAUUAGGAUGUGUGGUGGGGUUGAUGAUAUCUGUAUACGCACUUUGGAUCGAACAUCAAGUUUCCACCCGGUCAAACUACCUGGCUUUCUGUGAUCUACAUCAAUAUGCCAGCUGCUCCAGAGUUUUAUCGUCAAAGUAUGCUAAAGGGUUCGGAAUUAUAGGUCCAUUGCUUGGUGAUGAGAGUCCUCUUAAUCAACCAAACUGCUUAUUUGGAAUUGUAUUUUUCCUUUUCUACCUUACGCUUGAUUCGGUCGCUCAGAAGUUCAUUGUUAUACAGUUGAAGUUCACUCUAAGUGCCUCCUCCCUUGUCAUGUCCCUGUACCUCGCUUACAUCUUGGCUUUUGUCUUAAUCGACCUAUGUCUUGUGUGUCUAGCCACAUACGCUGUUAACUUUGGCUUGGCAGCCCCUGCUUUUGAAAACUAUUUCUCUGCUUUGGAUGAACGACGUAAAAUCGCUGAAAAGAACGACUGAUUGCAGUCUUGAUUUGUUUUAUACGCUAUUGGAGCCUAGAAUAUCUCUAUCUAUAAUCUAUUCAGUAUUAAAUUGUUUAUACAUUUUUUGGAUUUCUC